CAUUAUUCAUCUGUCAAUGUCACGAAAUAAACCACGACGCACUCAGCUAAUUUCGAGAUUCGCACGCGUCUGACCAAAAUAAUUGAACAGAUUUAUCAAUAAAAAUGAAAGUCACCGAUAAUAGUAACGAGAAAAAGCGGAAAAUCAAGAAAAAACCUAUAGACAAAACCAAAAAACAGCAAGUGCUUGUAAUCGCGCAAGAAAUCAAAUUUGCCAGAUUACUUUCUGGAAACGAGAAGAAAACGCGUGACCGAGUGCUUAGAGCGUUGAAAAAAUGGCUUGUUAAUUGUUUUGAGAAGAAUUACGAAUUUAAAGAAGAUGACUUCACAAGAGUGUGGAAAGGUCUGUUCUACGCUGUAUGGAUGUCAGACAAACCUCUGGUUCAGGAAGACCUCUGCGAAAGCAUCGCUGCCAUCCUGGAUCUGUUUCCGACGGAGCAGCUCUCCAACGCCAUGCUGCUUGCCAAGGCAGGCUUCAAGAUGUUGGCCACGGAGUGGUUUGGGAUAGAUCAACACAGGAUCGAUAAAUUUCUUAUGUUGGUUCGUCGCUACCUCCGCGGCGCCCUGCGCUGUGUGCACCGCAGUGGUUGGAGUGAGGACGCCUGCAACCAGUUCGCCAACAUGCUCUCUGGCAAGGAUGGAUUGCUGGCGUUGAAAACGCCCCUGUACGCGCGCAACGCCAACUCGCUGGUCAUACACAUCGCUGAUUGUUAUCUGGAAGAGAUCUCCAAGGUGUCAUCUGGAGAAAUAUCCCCGGAGUCCCUGGUUAUCCUACUUCGGCCGUUCAUAGCGUACCUGAGCCAAGGGUCUGCCACAGCCAUAUGCAUCGCUUCGAGGAGGGUACUGACUGAGUUGCUCAAACACGGAGACCCAGAGGACGCAGAGGACGCUGACGAAGAUGAUGAUGAUGAUGAACAGGAUUCAGAUGAAGAAGAUAUUGCAGAUGAAGAUAACGGAGAUGAUGAUGAAGAAGUGACGACUAAUGGAGUCCUGGACCCCCGCGCGGGCCGCGUGCACGUGGUGCUGCGCGCGCUGCCCGUGCCCGCCGCGGAACUCCUCGCCGCGCUCAGACUGCAUUUAGCACACGCUAAGGGCGCCGGCAACCGGAGGGCAAGACGCUGUAUAGAAUUAUUGGAACAGUUCUCAUCGGGCACGCACCCGUACGCGCCCCCCUCCCCCUCCCCCACCAUAGACGUGGGUCCGUCUAUAAAGCCCACCAAGGCGGCCAAGGCUCUGCGGGCUCUUGAGAAGAAACUUGUUGCCAACGGAGACGAAUUGGCUUUAAGAGGUCUGAGCAGGAAGCACCGCAAGCGGCUGCUGGCCAAGUCCCGCGCCGGACUGUCCAUCGUCGAGGAUGUACAGACAAACAAACAAAAACCCAACACCUCCAACGGCGAUUGGCAAGUAGAAGAGACGGGGGAAGUUAUUAAAAAUAAGACAAAAAGGAAACGGGCCCACAAGGAGAACGAGACGGGACCUAAAAUCAAGAAACAGAAACUCAACAAACUAGAAAACACGGAGAUUCGAGAGAAAAAAGUGAGAAUCAAUGCCAAGAAACAGAAAAAUGAUAAGGUAAACGACAAAGUUAAAAAUAAUGUUAAACUAGUGAAAAAUGAUGUUAAGAGUGUUAAAAAUUGUGUUAAGAAAGUUAAAAAUAACUUUAAGGAUGCUAAGAAUAAUGUUAAGGAAGUGAAAACCAGUGUUAAAGCAACAAAUGAAGUUAAAGUGAAAAAUAGUGUUAACAUAGUUAAAGCUAGAGUUAAAAAUGUUAAUGUUAAAGAAAUUGCUGUUAAAAAAGAAACUAAAUUAAGUAAAAAAUAUAAAACUAAGAAAGGCGCUAAUGAUAGCGAAGCUAAGUUACUAGUUAAUAAAGUCAAGAAAUUUCAAAAGCAUGAUAAGAAUACUAGUUUAAAUUUGUCUACGCCAAAAAAGGUGAAAUUUGUGUUAAAAAACAACUCGAUGCAAGGAACGAUGGACUAUUAUAAGAGUAUAAGGGAAAGUCCAAAUAUUCCUUUUGAUAGCUCUAAAAGGCCGUCUAAGACGAAUUUAAAAGUGUCGACACCUUCACCGAUAAAUCCUUUUUUUAAGAAAAAAAUGACUAGAAGAGCGAGUUUUAGAGCGCAAAUUGUAUUUUAAAAUUUUAAAUAAUUUUGAAUUUUUCUUUAACCUUUUGGACGCCAAUGACCGAUAUAUACGCACUGUAGGUUCAACGCCAAAGACCAAUCGGUCAUAGACCACAGAGCAACAUAGACCUAAAUGCAUGUGCAUAAAGUUCAUUUUCAGUUUUGACACUUCGGUGACGUGGCGUCUGAAUGACUGCUUUUGUGUUUGACACGGCGUCGAAAAGGUUAAAGAAGUAUUAUUGUUAAAGAAGAGACUCGUUCCAUAUAGAUUUUCGUACAAUGACCCGCCUGUUGCUAUCUCUAUCGCACGCGCAUAUAUUCUAGUUUAAAUUUGUCUACGCCAAAAAAGGUGAAAUUUGUGUUAAAAAACAACUCAAUGCAAGGAACGAUGGACUAUUAUAAGAGUAUAAGGGAAAGUCCAAAUAUUCCUUUUGAUAGCUCUAAAAGGCCAUCUAAGACGAAUUUAAAAGUGUCGACACCUUCACCAAUAAAUCCUUUUUUUAAGAAAAAAAUGACCAGAAGAGCGAGUUUUGGAGCGCAAAUUGUAUUUUAAAAUUUAGAAUAAUUUUUAAUAUUUCUCUAACCUUUUGGACGGCAAUGACCGAUAUAUACGCACUGUAGGUUCAACGCCAAAGACCAAUCGGUCAUAGACCACAGAGCAACAUAGACCUAAAUGCAUGUGCAUAAAGUUCAUUUUCAGUUUUGACACUUCGGUGACGUGGCGUCUGAAUGACUGCUUUUGUGUUUGACACGGCGUCGAAAAGGUUAAAGAAGUAUUAUUGUUUGUUAAAGAAGAGACUCGUUCCAUAUAGAUUUUCGUACAAUGACCCGCCUGUUGCUAUCUCUAUCGCACGCGCAUAUAUUCUAGUUUAAAUUUGUCUACGCCAAAAAAGGUGAAAUUUGUGUUAAAAAACAACUCGAUGCAAGGAACGAUGGACUAUUAUAAGAGUAUAAGGGAAAGUCCAAAUAUUCCUUUUGAUAGCUCUAAAAGGCCGUCUAAGACGAAUUUAAAAGUGUCGACACCUUCACCGAUAAAUCCUUUUUUUAAGAAAAAAAUGACCAGAAGAGCGAGUUUUGGAGCGCAAAUUGUAUUUUAAAAUUUAGAAUAAUUUUUAAUAUUUCACCUAGUAAAAUUUUAAUAUUUCUCUAACCUUUUGGACGCCAAUGACCGAUAUAUACGCACUGUAGGUCGGUCAUAGACCACAGAGCAACAUAGACCUAAAUGCACGUGCAUAAAGUUCAUUUUCAGUUUUGACACUUCGGUGACGUGGCGUCUGAAUGACUGCUUUUGUGUUCGUGACGGCGUCGAAAAGGUUAAAGAAGUAUUAUUGUUAAAGAAGAGACUCGUUCCAUAUAGAUUUUCGUACAAUGACCCGCCUGUUGCUAUCUCUAUCGCACGCGCAUAUAUUCUAGUUUAAAUUUGUCUACGCCAAAAAAGGUGAAAUUUGUGUUGAAAAACAACUCAAUGCAAGGAACGAUGGACUAUUAUAAGAGUAUAAGGGAAAGUCCAAAUAUUCCUUUUGAUAGCUCUAAAAGGCCGUCUAAGACGAAUUUAAAAGUGUCGACACCUUCACCGAUAAAUCCUUUUUUUAAGAAAAAAAUGACCAGAAGAGCGAGUUUUAGAGCGCAAAUUGUAUUUUAAAAUUUUAAAUAAUUUUGAAUUUUUCUUUAACCUUUUGGACGCCAAUGACCGAUAUAUACGCACUGUAGGUUCAACGCCAAAGACCAAUCGGUCAUAGACCACAGAGCAACAUAGACCUAAAUGCAUGUGCAUAAAGUUCAUUUUCAGUUUUGACACUUCGGUGACGUGGCGUCUGAAUGACUGCUUUUGUGUUUGACACGGCGUCGAAAAGGUUAAAGAAGAGACUCGUUCCAUAUAGAUUUUCGUACAAUGACCCGCCUGUUGCUAUCUCUAUCGCACUCGCAUUAUUAUCUUGCUCAUGGAGACUAUAUAAAGGAGCCAAAUCUCUAUGUAUGAAAAGUGUCCAUCAAAAAACAGUAAUUAGGCGGCGCCACCAUACACCGAAAUACUACCAAAAACAACCUACGUAAUUUGGUCGGGUUAUUUGUUGCCUUAUAUGGUUCAUGUUAUACUCAUGUCCCAGAGCCUAACUAGCGCCACCGCAGAGAUUAGGAACUAUUAUUUAAAGCUGAAAGCGGUCACUUUUGCAACAAUUCUGCCAUAAGAGAUUGGCAUCCUUUCUAUACCAUCCAUAAUCUUGCUGUCAACGCACAGUGACAUUGACAACCGGCAUCAUGGGCGGGACAGCUAUAUAAUUAUGCGCGUGCGAUAGAGAUAGCAACAGGCGGGUCAAUAUACGGAAAUCUAUGUGGGUAGCGUCUCUGCUUUACUACUUUGUUGAUAAGUAAUUGUUUUUAUUUCAAUACUUUGAGGAAACACUAAGUUUAACGAUAUUAAAAUUUUAUGAAAUGAAAUGCGUAAUAAUUGUAAAUGUCAUGAAACAUUUUUAAUAGUUGAAUUAAUAGUAUGUUUUAUUCAAAAUUACGUGAGAAAUAAGAUAGGAUGGCAUAUGUACUGUAAAACGUUGUAUAAUACACGUGCGAAAAGGUAAUUCGCAACUCACACGAGUUAAAAUAAAACACUACCCUUCGGUCGUGUUUCAAUUUAUCGCCACUCAUUGCGAAUUUCUUACUUUUUGCACUUGUAUCGUAAUGUACUAUUUCAUAACACUUGCUAGGCGAUGCGGUCCGAAAAUUUAAAUUUUUACCUAGGGCUGUAAAGUACGUCCGAAAUUAGGCCUACGUUUUAUUUUUUCCCUUUUUUUGUGUCUCUCGUGUUAUUUAAGCACUCGCCUUCGGCUUUCUAUUCACACUCGUAAAUUCUUAUUUACCGCCCUUAAUACACAAUGUACAGUCGAAGGCAAAAAUAUCGAUCCAGACGAAUGACUCAAAAAUAUGUGUACACGACUUUAUUGUCUAAGGUGUAAGAGCGUACACAUAUUUUUGAAACUUUGGGAAUGUAUAUAUAUUUAUGCCCUUGACUGUACAGUCGCCAUCAAAUAUAUCGGAGCGGCCAAGGCGCUCAUAAAUAUCUGAGCACGCCUCUAUUGUCACGGCGCUAGAGUGCAUGUUCAGAUAUUGUGAACACCACGUCCGCUCCGAUAUAUCUGAUGGCGACUGUACUAUUAAAGUCCCAUAUCAUUUUAUUCUUUAUAAAAAUUUUAUAGUUGGUCAAACCAAAUUGUCAGUAAAUAAGAACCAAGAAACUAUACUCAUCCUUUUUUUUGGUGCUAGUACUAGUGUAAGACGAAGAUGGUAUGAUUACCUCUAUGUUUGAAAUGAGACAGUCCUUUGACAAACUAUACUUGUAGACAGAUACAGAACACUUAGGUAAUAGCCGCCAUUCUGAAAUCAAAUAUUAAUAAAACAAGAUCUAUGAAAUAAAACUAUGAAAACGGAUUAUAUCGCGUAUAUUGAAUUUAUAAUACAUCCCGACGUUUCGAACCCUUUACAGCGUUCGUGGUCAACGGGUGACUAGUUUUAUUUCAUGAGUAACUAUCGCGGUAACCGAAGACAAUAUAAAAACAAGAUCUAAUUUUGAGGUAAACCUUGUAAGCGGUGAUAAUAUGGUUAUCGGUUUCAGGUACGUAACAUCAGGUUCUGAAAAAUCUUGAAAAGGGUCCGUUUCUUCAGAGUAAGCCAGUCUUUAGGGAGCUACAGACUACUACUAGUCACCAGAGUGCAGCACUAGCCUUUUUAGUAAACCAUAGAGUAACUUAUACAUACUGUACCUUUAACAGGUUUUUGACAAGUUUUCAGAGAUAAUAAAAUGUGACAUUGAUGCAUCAAGGCGGUUUGUUUACAGAGGACCUAAUACCGGGAAACGCGAAUCUGAAAUUUCGCUAUCUUUCUCUUUAUCGCUCGAAUAUGCAAGUGACAGACAAGUUAGAUAACGAAACAUGGAGACUAUAUAAAGGAGCCAAAUCUCUAUGUAUGAAAAGUGUCCAUCAAAAAACAGUAAUUAGGCGGCGCCACCGUACACCGAAAUACUACCAAAAACAACCAACGUUAUUUGUUGCCUUAUAUGGUUCAUGUUAUACUCAUGUCCCAGAGCCUAACUAGCGCCACCGGAGAGAUUAGGAACUAUUAUUUAAAGCUGAAAGCGGUCACUUUUGCAACAAUUCUGCCAUAAGAGAUUGGCAUCCUUUCUAUACCAUCCAUAUAACGAAAUUUCGAUUAUUUUUUUCGCGAUAGACCCUCUAAUUGUGGUAGUGGCGCCACUUACGCAGAAUUUCGCGUACUAUUCCCUAUUUAACGUAAUUAGACUUCAUAAUAACAGUUUUUUUAUUACGCCUGUAAAAUGCAAUUAUGAGAGUUAAUUAACUCGAUGUUUGAUUUAAGUUUGUUUAUAGAUAAUUAGAUAUCGCUAGUUGUCGCGAGUGGUGUAAGAUAUUCAAUAAAUGCACUCAGUUUUA